GCUGGUCCACCAUGCCGUUAGUAACAAGAAACAUCGAGCCAAGGCACCUGUGCCGUCAGACACUGCCUAGUGUUCGGAAUGAACUGGAGUGCGUAACCAACAUCACCCUGGCAAAUGUCAUUCGACAGCUGGGCAGCUUGAGUAAAUUUGCUGAGGACAUAUUUGGUGAGCUUUUCACUCAGGCCAACACCUUUGCUUUUCGUGUGAGCUCUCUAGUUGAGAGAGUAGAUCGCCUGCAAGUCAAAGUUACUCAGCUGGAUCCCAAGGAGGAGGAAGUGUCCCUGCAAGGUAUUAACACAAGGAAAGCCUUCAAAAGCUCCACAACUCAGGACCAAAAGCUCUUUGACAGAGACUCUCUCCCAGUGCCUGUCCUUGAAACAUACAGCGUUUGCAAUACACCACCACCUCUUAACAUUCUCUCCUGUUACAGGGAUGAUGGCAAAGAAGCACUUAAAUUCUACACAGACCCGUCUUACUUCUUUGAUCUCUGGAAGGAGAAAAUGCUGCAGGAUACCAAGGAUAUCAUGAAAGAAAAGCGGAAGCAUCGGAAAGAAAAGAAGGAUAAUCCAAACCGAGGAAAUGUGAACCCACGGAAAAUCAAAACCCGAAAGGAAGAGUGGGAGAAAAUGAAAAUGGGACAAGAGUUUGUUGAGUCAAGGGAAAAACUUGGACCACCUGGAUACUCCUCUAAUAUGGUGUACCAGAAUGGCAGUAUUGGCUCUAACGAAAGUGUGGAUGCAGGCUACUAUCCACCUCCUCCACAGCUGGAUUCCGUUUCUCCAUCUCCUCCAUUUGCUGAGGACAACCUUCCUCCUCCACCAGUGGAAUUUAGCAAUUAUCCAGCGCACAACCAAAGUAGUUCUGGAGGGCUGAAGAAAUCUGGCCUAGUUAGCCCAAGCCACCCUCCCCCAGCCCCACCCAUUGGUUCACCACAAGGAACCCGGCCAGGUUUUGCUCCGCCUCCUGCACCUCCGCCUCCACCACCGAUGAUGGGGGUUCCUCCACCACCACCACUUGCAGGAUUCCCAGCUGUGGGGAUCCCACCACCCCCAUCACCCCCUUCCUUUCCCCCCCACCCCAGUUUUGCUGCCCCUCCACCCCCACCUCCGCCGGCAGCAGAGUACACUCUUGUGCCCCCACCGAUGUCACCCCAGCAAGCCAGUGGUGCACCACCCCCUCCUCCACCUCCACCCCCUCCUGGGCCCCCUCCUUUGUCCUUUGGUGGCACAGAUGGCCCAGAGGCUCUUCCACAGCUGGACUCAGUGCCCUCCAAGCCAAAGUCCUCAUUGCCUGCCGUUAGUGAGGCUAGAAGUGACUUGCUUUCUGCUAUUCGUCAAGGAUUCCAACUUCGCAAAGUCGAAGAGCAGCGCGAGCAAGAGAAGCGAGAUAUUGUGGGCAACGACGUGGCGACCAUCCUUUCCCGCCGCAUUGCGGUGGAGUACAGCGACUCAGAAGACGAUUCUUCCGAGUUUGACGAAGAUGAGUGGUCCGAUUAGCCGCCUGCCCGCUGAUCCUCUCUUUGAAAACUAGAAGAAGCAAAAUCACCCUCACCCAGAUUGCCAAAACGAUCCUUGCUUUUCUCUCUCGUAACCAAAGAUGGCUAUUCCAAGGGCUUCCAGUUAACCUACUUUCACUGACAGGACUGCACUUUGUCUCCUUUCCAGAUAAAGAGGGAAACUGAAAUUAACUUCAACGCUUCAGAUGCUCAGGGUUCUAGAACAUAAUCGGUUUAAAAUUCCUUUUGGGAGUAGGGGUCAGUGCAGUUGUGGGCAAACUUGAAAACCGUAGGCCCCAAGGCAGUUCAGAAGCUUCCUUUCAUAUGGUCGCCCAUUUUGAAGGGCACUAAAUUUACAGGUGGCUCUUUCCCCCCCCCUCUGCAGCGCCAUGUCAGGCACUAAAAAAGGAAACACAGCAGCCAUUGGGUGAGUGGCUUAUUUAACCGCUCAAACUGGGAAAUGCUGCCAGAAGAUGAGCUUGGUUUUCUCUUUUCUUUCCAUUAACAAACAGCAGCAUUAGAUUAAAAAUACCUCUCUCUCGCAAGUGCCUUUUAAAUAAUUCUUUAAAUUUAAGUUUAAAAUGGAUGCUUGAGGGUUGCAUUCUAUCCAGGAUAGGUGGGACUUUUUAAAGAAGCUGAAUCCUCCUUAGUUGUUUUAUGUGGUCCCCCCAAAACUAUCUAAAGAAGAAGGAUUAACCAAAGAGCACAGGAUCCUACCAGCUUUUUCAGUUGUUCUUACCCAGUUCUCCUCACUACAGCCUCCUCCAAUCCCUUGCAGCUUUUGCCUGUAUAAGGCAAUUGUUGCCUUUCUGUUGGUUAAAAGGGGACCCCUCCUUGCUCUUUUACUAGUGGGAAAUCUGGUAGGACCCCCCCCCCCCCAAUCUUACUGACCAAUCUUGUCUUAUUUCCAUAUUGCCCGGUUGUUCUUUGCUUUGUCAUCUGAGUUGGGAAGUCAUUUCCAGCAUUUGGCAAGGUCCCAGAGACACUGGACAUAGCCUUGUGAUGUAGCAUACUUUCAGAACCCUAAGCAGAGAACCGUGUGGCACCCUCUGGCAUGGGGGUGAGCCCAGUGGUAAAUUAAAGCCAUUGGCCCAUGCCACAUUUCCUCUCCAGAUGCCCCAUGAAGGCUUUGAGGACCAAAUUGGUUGUUGGUAAUAGACACCCAGCCUGCCUUUACUAGCUCGCUUUAACUCUUCCUUAGUUAGCUCUACCUUCUUCAUUACCAGACCAAAAAAAACCCCCAUUCCCUUUCCCAGCUUGAAUUGCAUGGGUGGUAUAUCAGCAGCUACCGACAGAGACAAAUUGCUUUGAGUGUUAUGAUAAUAAAUCUGUAGAUAAUUUUAAAUAAAUUGGGUUUUAUUUUAAAGCCAGAACAGCAGCUUUAAAUAGAAGUACCUCUCUCUAAGUGAGUGCCUUUUAAAUGGUUCUUUUGGGCUUACCUGUCUAAGAUCUGGUAUGCAAAACAUCCCAUGGGCACCUGGGGAUCUUGCUUACUAGAAUGAUGCUGGAUGCCCCCCCCCCCAUAAGGAACCUGGCUCUGGGUGCCAGGAAAGGUACCUACCUCUCCUUUUGCCAAUCUGUAAUUCUUUACCUUGGUCUACAUGGCUUUUUUUGGGCCAUGACGCAUCUUGUAACUUGAUUCCCUGUGACAAAAGGGAAUUGUAAUUGUCAGAGUCAUCAUCUUGGGGUGCGCAGGGAGGCAUCCUUUUUGGUCUUCCGCUUACAAAUUCUUACUGCAUUUUUUAAACUCUUCAGAGUUUUUGAUGCCAGAAAUCCUUCAUAGCCCAGAUAUUGUUCAUUUUGGUGACGAUACCAAAGAGUUGAAGAGGGUGUUCAUUCAGUCUGAGCCCAAAACCCCAGUGAAGGCAGUGGGGAAGAGCUCAUGUGUGAAUUUCACCAGAGAAGCCAAUAUUCUCAGAAUAUUCUCAAAGUCUAGUGUUUUGCUUAGUACAGAGCAGCUGGAAGUCUGUUUUCCCCGGUAGUCUGGGAGAAAAGGGGGGUGACUCAUUUUUGCUAAUCAACUUUGCUGUAAAAAGUGCUCCGUUAGAACUGCCCAAAACACCACACAAGAGUUUUGAAAAAAAAUGGCUCCAGCCAAACUGUCUUGUAUUCUUUUCGUCCUGCUCUGUUUUUUAAACACAUGUCAGAAGGAAAGGAAGGUGCUAUGGAUGGCGCAGUGCCUUCUGUGAUUUGGACUGCAUGCUCAGAGCUCUGAUUAGCGGCUCCCUGAGAGUGAAAUGCAUCUGUUCUGUUCUUGAAGCUCUUCCCACUCCGGGUUCUCCGGAUCUGUGCAACAAAACUGGCAGCUUUGCACUAAUGUACUGUUAUGGCAUUAUGUUUGUGUGUGGGUUCUUGUCUAAGGGAACAAAUACUGCUUUGUGGCAUCUAGUACACACACAUGCUCUUGAGCCUUCCUUCUUGUGCUUAGGACUGGAGCGGUUUGUUGCCUUAUGCAGUGCUGUGUGGAAUGGCUGCUUCAGUCUGAGUUGGUACCCAGCUGUUCAAAGCCAGGGCGUAAUGUGGUAUCCUUAAAGGAUCCGGAAUAAAAACAUUAGCUUCUCUGUAUGUUUAUAAAUAGUAAUACAAAGCAGUCAGGGCACUUCGCUCCUCCUUUGAAAUUUCUCUUUCUGAAUAUUUUCUCUGCCUUCCACCCCUGUGCUCCGAUUCUGCUUUGCAGGUUCUAAUACCCUUUCCCCCCUACAGUCACUGAUUUUUCUCUUCUUCCACCUCAGUCGAUCAAAUCCAGGGUGAGGAAUCCUUCAGAGACAGUGGUGUCUGGCAACCUUUUGGUAGAAAUGGGGACUGCUUUUGCCUGCCUUUUAACUCCAUGCCUGGGGAAAGGAGGCUGUGUGUUUUAACGGGCUGCCGUGCCUUCAGAGACUCUCAUGCAGUGCUCUCUUUGAUUUUCUUUUGUACGCAUCUUUUUUUCGCCAAGUCUGCAAGCGGAUGUAGAAGAGUUGGGAUUGGGGAUAUGAUUUUUUUUUUUUUUAAUUUCCGCUCUUAACGUGAUUCGUUCAGUCGAUUUAAAAUACUAACCAAUGUUUUUACUUCCUGUCUAGAACGAUAGGUGAUUUUUGUAAGUGCCUUAUUUCGUAUGACAUAAAUAUAUUUAUGAGUAAUUAUUGCAAAUGGUUCGUGCAGGAUAAAGAUGGAGCGCUACAGGGAGCCUCCUUUUUAAUCUCCCAGCGGUUGACUUAACUGUGCCAUCCUAAGCAGAGGUUCACCCUUCUAAGCCCAUUAACUUCAGGAGACUCAGAAGGGAAUAACUCUCCUUACGCUCCGAUCGGGGUAACGUUGUUAGAAUUGACCUACCAGAUGAGCCUUGGUUUUGGUGGGGAAAACCGUUACGACUGGAGUUCCUGAAAGCUUAGCGGUGGGAAAUGCGAUUGGACCAAGAACCCAGUUCACGCUCCUUGCCAAUGCUGUGAUCUCCCAGAUUGAUUAUUUUGUUUUGACAUAUUCGCUGGCAGAGCCAGUUUGGUGUAGUGGUGAAGUGUGCGGACUCUUAUCUGGGAGAACCGGGUUUGAUUCCCCACUCCUCCCCUUGCACGUUCUGGCAUGGCCUUGGGUCAGCCAUAGCUCUGGCAGGGGUUGUCCUUGAAAGGGCAGCUGCUGUGAGAAUCCUCUCAGCCCCACCCACCUCACAGGGGUGUCUGUCGUGGGGGAGGAAGGGAAAGGAGAUUAUGAGCCGCUCUGAGACUCUUCGGAGUGGAGGGCGGGAUAUAAAUCCAGUAUCUUCUUCUUCUACUGCCUGUUUGCUCGUACAGCAUGCCUGGAAACUGGCUAUCACUGUAGUCAGACAGCAUGAAGUGGUCUUAAGGCUGCAUCCAAGAGUAUCAACAAGUAUUUUAUCAAGAAACGUUACCGUGACCGUACCCUUAUUCAGCACCAAGGCCAGUAGCGUGUAUGUUUCUGUUCAACCCGGUUGCUGGGUGAAGAGGGAGCUUAAUGUCAUUGACCAUCCAUAAAGUUUCCCGCCUUCACAAUCUGGCAGCCUCGGGUUGUGUUUUUUUUUAACAUCUCUGGCUAGUUGCAGUUUCUAAUUCAGACAUUUAAUGUGGCUUUUGUACUCUCUCUGACCUGUCGUUCUGUCUCUCUUUUUCUUGAGGGACUGUUUUUAAUGUAUGUCCUUUUUUAAAAAAGUUGUUUUUACUGUGUAAACUUCAAAGCAAUCAUAAAUUCUUUCUAGCCAAUCAA